CCCACCACGCCCACCUCUGCGGGGCUUGAACCUGAACCUCCAGGCUCGGGGGGACAACUGCGUUCAAUCUGCUACCUCCGAGAGCCUGAGGGGGUCGUGAAGUGAGCCCCGAGUUCCGGGAAGACAGGUGUCUGCUUUGGUCCAAGAAUUUCUGGGGUGCAUCCAGUAAUCUCCUUGAGGACCGCAGAAACAUAUAUGUUUGAUAUCAUGGAUCGGUUCGGAGAUAUAUCAGAAGGUGAAGUGGACCAUUCUUUCUUUGACAGUGACUUCGAAGAAACAAAGAAAUGUGAAAGUAAUUCAGCUUUUGACAAGCAAAAUGAUGAUUCUAAAGAGAGAAUAGAUAAAGGUACAGGAAAUGUAAACGUGAAAUUGGGAAUACAAAUAAAUGAAGAUUAUCUCACCGAUAAGGGAAAUGAUAGGAAAACAAAAAUUGCUCUAGAAGAAAGCCCCAUAGAAAGUGAUACACAAAUCGGAAGUUCUUUAUCAUUGACCACUUCUUCAAAAUCAGAAAAAUCGUGUGAUAAUAUAAUAGAAUAUAAAAUACACUUGCCCAUGCCUCGUAGAAUUCUCGAAACUGCCAAAGAUGGUGAGGAGGAUUACUACACAGACGGAGAGGAGAGCAGUGAUGACGGGAAAAAGCGUCCUGUGAGGUCCAGGUCAGCCAAGCCAUCAAAUAGCUUGAAGAAAAACAUAAGUAGAAAGUUUUCCAAAAUUAGUUCUUCUUCCUCCUCCUCCUCUUUGUCCUCCUCAUCUUCAAGUUCAGGUACAGAUUGUUCAGAUGCAGGGUCUGAUAUCUCUAAAUCUGAUUCCUUUCCAUCAUCAAAGAAACAGGUACCUAGUGUAACCCUCUUAUCGCCAAAGCAGACGUAUAAAUCAGAGUUAAAAUCAGCAGGAAAACAACCUUCAACUACUAAGCCUAAAGUCGGAGACUACACUGAGGAAUCUGAAGAUACUGUCACGGACGUAACUCCUUUAUCAACGCCAGACAUCAGCCCUGCUCAGUCUUUUGAACUGGGCUCAUCAAAAGACCAAAAAGUGAAAGUUAAAAGGCAAGAAAAUGUGAAGCAUGAAAUAUUUGAAGAUGUUGAGGAUUUAAAAAAUCAUUCAAGGUGUUUGAAAACUGUCAAAAAAGGAAAAGAAAAGCUUGAGCCCAGUCUGGCCUCGAAGUCUUCAGUGUUAGAUUCCAAUUCAGACCAUAGGUACAAACAGAAAGUCUUACAUGACACAAUGGACCUGAAUCACCUCCUAAAAGCUUUUCUACAGUUGGAUAAAAAGGGACCACAAAAACAUCACUUUGAGCAGCCUGCAGUAGUACCUAGGAAGAACUACUCUUUCUCAAGAGAAGAAGUGAGGCAGAUCGAUCAAGAAAAUCAGAGGCUUUUGAAAGAACUGUCAAGACAGGCUGAAAAACCAGGAAACAAAAGUACAGUUCCCAGAAGAGCAGUGGGUCAUCCCCCAAAACUGUAUCAUAGUGCUCUCAACAGGCAGAGGGAACAGCAGAGGAUUGAAAGAGAGAAUUUGGCUUUACUGAAAAGGCUUGAAGCUGUGAAGCCGACCGUUGGCAUGAAACGCUCAGAACAGCUGAUGGAUUACCACCGCAACAUGGGUUAUCUCAAUCCGGCUCCAGCCUCUAGACGCGUGAGAUCCAUGCUCGGACAGUACAGCCCGCUAAGAGGCGCUUCCAGGACCUCCAGUGCAACCAGCGCUCUCAGCUCUAAGACUGAGCGAUCGGCAUUUGACAAGCCCAAUGGCCUGUUGCUGAGGCCUAAACCCCCUAAUGUCCGUACAGCUUGGUUAUAAACCUUCUCUUCGCUUUAA